CUCCCCCUCUCAACCCCCCUCACAUUUCUCCCCUUAUUCCUUUAGAUCUUCGUGAUCGUAUUGUUUUUUUCAAUCUUCUUACCUCCUUCAUCAUAAAUAUAUAAUAAUAAAAUAAAAUGAGGGAGAUCUUGCACAUUCAAGGAGGACAAUGUGGGAACCAAAUUGGUUCAAAGUUUUGGGAGGUGAUAUGCGAUGAACAUGGUGUUGAUAAGACAGGGAGGUUUAGCCUUAUUGAAGGUGGCUCCGCUGAUACUCAGUUAGAACGUAUUAAUGUGUACUUUAAUGAGGCUGCUGGUGGACGAUAUGUCCCCCGCGCUGUCCUUAUGGAUCUUGAACCUGGUACUAUGGAUAGUAUCAGAUCCGGCCCUCUUGGUCAAAUCUUUAGGCCGGAUAACUUUGUUUUUGGUCAGUCUGGUGCUGGUAAUAAUUGGGCUAAGGGUCAUUAUACCGAAGGUGCUGAACUUAUUGAUUCUGUUCUUGAUGUUGUUCGUAAGGAGGCUGAGAAUUGUGAUUGUCUUCAAGGUUUCCAGGUAUGUCACUCUCUUGGAGGUGGUACAGGUUCUGGUAUGGGAACUCUUUUGAUUUCCAAAGUCAGAGAGGAAUACCCUGAUAGGAUGAUGCUUACAUUCUCUGUUUUCCCAUCACCAAAAGUCUCUGAUACCGUUGUUGAACCUUACAAUGCAACUCUUUCUGUCCAUCAAUUGGUCGAAAAUGCUGAUGAAUGUAUGGUUUUGGAUAAUGAGGCACUCUAUGAUAUUUGCUUCAGGACCUUAAAGCUGAGCAACCCAAGCUUUGGUGAUCUGAACCACUUGAUUUCGGCAACAAUGAGUGGAGUGACAUGCUGCCUCCGAUUCCCUGGUCAACUGAACUCCGAUCUGAGAAAGCUUGCUGUGAAUCUCAUCCCAUUCCCAAGGCUUCAUUUCUUUAUGGUGGGUUUUGCCCCACUUACCUCUCGUGGGUCCCAACAAUACGUAUCCCUUACUGUCCCAGAGCUGACUCAACAAAUGUGGGAUGCAAAGAACAUGAUGUGUGCUGCUGAUCCUCGACAUGGAAGGUACCUUACAGCCUCAGCCAUGUUCCGUGGGAAGAUGAGCACAAAGGAAGUAGAUGAGCAAAUGAUUAAUGUACAAAACAAGAACUCAUCUUACUUUGUAGAAUGGAUUCCAAACAAUGUUAAGUCCAGUGUUUGUGACAUCCCACCUACUGGUCUAAAGAUGGCUUCCACAUUUGUGGGUAAUUCAACUUCAAUCCAAGAGAUGUUUAGGAGGGUAAGUGAACAGUUUACUGCUAUGUUUAGGCGUAAGGCUUUCUUGCAUUGGUACACUGGGGAAGGUAUGGAUGAGAUGGAGUUCACUGAAGCAGAGAGUAACAUGAAUGAUCUUGUAGCUGAGUAUCAACAAUAUCAGGAUGCAACUGCUGAUUACGAAGAAGACUAUGAGAAUGAAGCUGAAGAGAAUUACGAGGGUUAGCAAUAGACAGACAGACUCUUGUCAUAUGUUGCUUUUUUUUUUUUUUAAACUGUUACUUGCAUUAUAUGAAUUUCUUGUUCUUUGGUUUCUACUCCUUGUUUUAUAACCUUUCAAGUAUCUUCUCUUGUAUUAAGUGGAAAUGUUACCAAGUAUUGAAUUUUUUUGUUCUUGAUUGUA